AUGGUGCCAACACCAGCUUGGGGAGGUGGUGUGUACGUGCAGAAUUUAAGGCUACUGGCAGGAGGGAAAGUUGAAGCAUGCCUAAGGAUUUUUUUGUACAUGUCCAACAGUCGAGAAGCAGAGUCGGAAUCAAGAAGCAAAGUCUUACCUCAGCACGGGGGACAGCCUCAGUACCAGUGCAGAAGAAGCUUUGGAGAGGGUGGUGGUGAGGAGAAUGCUUCUGAAUCUGGAUACCCAGUGAAACCACUGUCAAGAGCCUUUCUAGGUCUGGCAAGAAAAUACAGCAAUGAAGGAAGAAUAAUGUCUCAAAAUGAAGAGUGGGCCUUGGAAGGGACUGGGAGAAACCUCCAGGUGAGCUACCAGGAAGAGGUGCUGAACCAUGAUGACACAAAGGGCUUGCUGAUGGAGGUUCGCAAUGAUACAGAAAAAGUGGCUCUCGCAGGUACUGAGCUCAAAAAGUGCAUUGACAGUCUGAUGGAUGAAAUCGCCUUUCUGAAGGUGUAUAAAGAGGAGAUUGCCGAGCUGCAGGCACAGACCCAGUACGCUCAGAUCUUCAUGAAGAUGGACAUGUUCUCCAAGUCUGACCUCUCUGUCAUGCUCAAGGACAUUCACACCCACCAUGAGAAGCUGGCUGCCAAGAACAUGCAGAAUGCUGAAGAAUGGUUUAAGAGCCACUUCCCCAUGCUGACUGAGAGUGCUGCAAAGAACACCUAUGCUGCCAAGGACGAGGUGUCCAAGAGCCACUGCCUGCUCAAGGCCAAUACCCUGAAGACUGAAGAAAGCUGGGGCAUAAACAAAGUGCUCGGAAAGCAGCUGCAAGAUCUGGAGGAUAACCAGAAUGCCUACGUUAGUGCUAUGCAGGACACAAUCAACAAAUUAGAAAAUGAGUUGAGAACUACAAAGAAUGAAAUGGCUCAAUAUUUAAAAGAAUACCAAGACCUUCUAAAUGUGAAGAUGGCUUUGGACAUUGGCAUUGCAACUUACAGGAAACUCUUGGAAGGUCAGGAGACCCAGGUCAGUUUCACCAGCGUGGGAAGCAGAGCCAGCUGCUACUCCCAGAGUUCCCAGGUCUUUGGUCCAUCCGCCUACGGUGGUUUACAGACUAGCUCCUACUUGAUGUCUGCUCGCUCCUUCCCUUCUAAAUACACCAUCCCCGUCCAGUAGGAGCAGCUCAAGAUAGAGGAGACCAUUGAGGCUGCAAAAGCCGAAGAAGCUAGGGAAGAACCCCCUGAAAGAGAAGCUUAAGAGGAGGAGAAGGAUAAAGAAGUGACUGAGGAAGAGGAAGAAGAGGAAGAGGAAGAAGGUUCCAAGGAAGAAUUUGAGGAUGCAAAGGAGGAAGAAGGAGGUGAAGCUGAAGGAGAAAUGCCCAAGAAGCUGAGGACAAGAAUAAAGAUGAAGGUGCUGGGGAGAAGCAAUCAACCAAGAAGAAAGAUUGAGCCCCCCUUUCCUUAAUUAUUUCAGGAAUAAUCCACCUGAAACCAGGUCAACCCUGUCACCAA